UAGGGAUGAGGGGUGGGUGACCGGCAGACGGGAGUCUUCUUUAAACGCCUUUUAUUAGGUCGGCCAAUAUGGUGUGUGCCACUAACUCCCCUUACGGGAUUUAAUGUAAUUAUAGGAUUACAGUUGUCGGACAGCACUGCAGCCGGGGAAUACUUACUACCAAUGGAGGUGUUUUAAGUGUAUAUACACUGAUUCACUGCGAGGUCAUCUUUAAAUAACGGAACCAUAUAAACAUUAUUAAUCCUGACUUUUUGACAUCGAUUAAUCAACUACAUCGGAAGCUACAUACAGAACAACCUUCGAGGUAGUAUCUCGAGCGCAUUUACGCACGACGGGAGGUACACAGUCGCUCUUUAUUCAGAAGAUGAAAUCUCUCAAACCGACACAGAGGGGGAUAUAAAGCAUUACUGCGGAAUACCAAGGAUUUGAACUGUUGCCAGAGCAUCAAACGAGAGGACGAUUAGGAAUCUUGCCAAAAGCAAAAGCUCUUCUCUGUUAUGUCUGUCUCCUCUUUACCGGAAUGGAAACAGCUCCUGCUGGAGCGAAAGAGGAGGGAGGAGGAGGAGCGAGAGAAGAGAGAAAAAGAGGAGGAGGCCAAACUUGCCAGCAUGCCUGUUUGGAAGCGAGGGAUCAUCCAGAGGAGAAGAAUGAAACAGGAGAGUUUCGGGGACAAGGAAAGAGAGGGCCCCCUCCAAAUCAAGGAGGGCAGGUCCCCUUCUGAUGCUGUGAGUGACCCAGACAGCGCUACACUGGUGCAGCUGGGAAGUGAAUCACCACUCAGCCCAGACGUCACAGGGCCUUGGCUGGAUGAAGAGUCUAAACCGCAGAGUCAGGUGUUAAGGGAGACCAUCACCCCUGUCCAACAAAAUCCAUUCAUUCGCACGCAUGGCGGGUUGAGAAGGGGAAGAGAAGAAGAGAUGGCUGGGAGAUGGGCCAUGAGAAAGGGAAUGAGCAGGAAAUAGAAGUAGGGAGAGAGAGGGAAAAGGAGAAGGAAAGAGGCCAUGUCAAAGGCCAUGAUGGGGAGUCUGGGAGGGGAAGAGAUAUAGAAUUAAAACUACAGCGAUACAGGGAACGGAGUAGGGGCAGAGAAAGGGACAGAAGUGCCGGAAGAGAAACGAGCCGGGACACCGUGAGAGACAGGGAAAGGGAAUGCCCGAGAGGGAGAAAGGAGGAGGAGAGGGAGGAGGGAGACUCAGAUCCUCAAAACCCCAAGUACCCCCAUCCACUAGUCCCAGGCCUUCGUACCAUCAGAGCAGACAACAUCAUCAUUAUUGAACAGGACAGAAAGGGCAGUGAUGAAAGGAGGGGUAGAAGGAAAGAGUGGGAGAGGGAGGUGAUGGAAGAGGAGCAGGAAAAGAGAGACAUAAAGAUGGACCUCAAGGAGUUUCUUUCUGGUGGAGGGAGUGUCACGGAGAUCCGAACAUCAGAGGUAUUGGUCAUUAAACCCUUAGCUGGCACUGAGGACUGCAGGAGUGUAAGUCUAAAAGGGGCAGGCAGGGAAGGAGAUGGCAAAGAGAAGGGAGAGAGAGAGGCAAAGUGCAAUAAAGAUGGAAGAAAGGACUGUGAGAGGGGGCUGGAGAGAGAGGUGGCGUGGUUGAUGAUGAAAGAUAAAGAGAGGGAGAACUUGAGGGAGAAAGACCGACCACGAACACACACAGCUUCAGAACAAGAGGAUAGGAGAUGGGGUGACACAGCUGACAGUAUCCACAAUGAGAGAAGAGUUAGGGUGAGUGAGCUGCUGAGUAAAUUUGGGGAACAUACAAAGAAAUUCAGGGAACAUCCAAAGCCCCCGUCCCGGUCUAAAAGCUCAGAUUGUUUCAGCCGGCCUGGCAGGGACAGAGACAAUUUUGGUCUGGACGAGGACGAUGAUGGAGACAGGAGAGGGGAGGCGAAACGUGCAGGAUUCAGGGGUGUGCCCAAGCGGUCAUUCAGCUUCUCUGACCAGGUGAUAUGCACAAAGGAGAAUGGCAUGCAGGAUGAGGGGAACCAUGAUAGGAAGGUGGUGGAGAGGACAUGUUCAGACAGGAAGGUGGUGCCUCGGGGAGAUGUAGUGGAGGGGGAAUGGUCAGAGAGGGGAGGCAAACAGGGGGGCUGGACCCGGUUUUCAGAUAAAGAGCGGGAAGUGACCCCUGAGUCUCCCAAGUCUCCAAUGCACGUUGCCACAGUUGGAAUCCCUCCAACGCCACUUGAGCGACACAUACCCAGGACAGUGUUCUACGGUGUGGGGGAGGUAUUAGAGAACAAAAGGCCAAGCCUCCAAAGCGACGACGACCAGAGCUGCGAAGGAGAGGGAGGGAAAGGUGUGGAGAGGCGGGAUAGUUGGAGGAUCGGCAAGCCUUUGUCUCGUAUCGAAUCCCUGCGAGAGAAAAUCCGGCAGAGGGAGAAGGAGAGGCUGAGGAACACGGAGGGAGCGACUCUUUCUCCCCCUCUCUUGCUGAGAUGA